CUGUUGCUCUCAUAGCGUAGUGAAAGAGUGAACUGUAAUCAUUUAUAUUUGAUACUAAAAUUCUAAAGAUUGGCUUUUAAUUGUUUACAACAAAAACACAAGUGUUUGGACGAUAAAAAUUUAAGCACCAGUUAAGCUUAAUUGUUAAAUUUGCAUAAAUUUUGCGAAAAAAAAAUUCAGACUUUUGCGCAUGCAAAUGUAGAUCCAUCAUUUGUAUAUGUGGCAUAUGUGUUUAUUAAUAUAGUAUUGAUUGCUGACGAUGCAAAUUGUUGGUUGUCUGCCUGCAUUGUGGUUUCAAUAAAAUCAUAAAGUUAUAAAGCAAAAUUGCAGCCUUCGCAUAUUAUCGGGGGUACAUUGACAGUGACGUGACAAAUCAAUGACAUCAUUGUCAACGGCAGUGACAGCGGCAACGCUGGACGAAACGUCAUGUGUUGCAGCAACAGCAACGACAGACGCUGGUGGAGGACUGAGUGAGCAGAUGGCGGAGGCAAAGCAAGCGGUGAUAAGUAACAAUAACCCAAUAACCGAUAUUGUGAAAGAAACUAAUGCAAUGACGGCUGCAACAACUACAACAACACCAAGUGUUGUAGCGGCUGCUUUGAGUGCUGUAUCAACCAAGCAAAUGCCUUCAACAGCAACAGCAACAACAACCACACAACUCACUAACACGAGUAAAAUACCACACUUACAACAACAACAACAACAACAGCAACAUUCACAUGGCAGAGAAUUGAAACAAUUAUUACACUCAACCGAUCCACUACGCCGUUCCGCGUCAUUACGCAUGCGCGGCUCAAAGUCAAAUCUCUUAAACAGCAGCAGUGAGCAUUAUAUGGAAAUGGAACGUAGCACGCGCCACCUGAGCAAUAUGCCACACACUACGGCGGCCACCCGCUACAACCAUCCAACGCUUACAGGAGUGCUUGGACAACAACAGCAAAAACAAUUUUACGAACGCCAGGCCACACAACAUGCAGCCGCCGGUACGCUUGGGGGUGGUGCAGCGGCAGCAGCAACGGCAACGCGUCGCAAGGCCACACUUUUGUUUGGUUCAGCGGUGUCAACGCAAACACCCGCCGUCACAGUUGGCAAUCUGACGCGUUCGCAAUCGUUACGUCGCAGUAGUUACCUAAAUUACAAUUAUAAUACAAAUUCGCAACAGAAAUCGGUCAAAACGGAUGCAAUAAAGGACCCUAGCACUGGAGGCGGCGGCGUCGGUGGCUCAUUUGUUGACUCUGGAGCUGGCACGGAUGUGGCAAUUAAGGCUACUACAGUAGCCGAUAAUGCGGAUACGCAGCUGGAACUGCAGCCAAAUGGUGUUGAUGAAAAUUGUGCCGUCCCAAAUGGUGGUUGUGUGCAGGCGAAUGACAUAAGAAUGUACAAAAGUGAUGGUGUCGGCGAGCAGCGCAGGAUUGACAGGGAUAUGCAGCGUAUGCUGGGAAAAGGAUACUUUAUGCGUUUGGGAGUUACGAGUUCUAUUGAUUUUCUGACACCAGUGUCGAAAGAAUUUUCUUUGAAUCUGAACGGCGCUAGUAGCGGCGAACGUACGACAGCGACAACGAAAUCUACAGCAGCAGCCACAGCAGGCACACCAGCAGGAAGCGGAAGCGUCGGCAAUAGGAUAACUGGAGUAAACGCAUCCACACCGAAAACGCCAAAUAACAUUGCAGCCAGCACGCGUUACGUGAAAUCUUCGCCGACUGCUGCACAGGAGACGAAGCUAACGCCAAAGACACCGCCUGUCACACCGGAUUCACCGUGUACGUACCUGGACGAUGAUUUAGAUUCGAUGUAUUCAUUUGCGACCACCACUUCCGGCCGUUCGACCAUGUCCUGUGAGCAUCCGUAUGUUGCACGUAAUGGCACUACGUUCAGCGGCCGCAAGAUGAAAUACGUUGUACACUGUUCCAACUAUGCCGGUCAGGUGGGGCCCGAUUACCUGACGCCCACACAACGUGCUUCACGUCAAAUACGUCGCCUCAAGGAACUGCUCUGUAUGGCGCGGCAGGAUCUCGAGCAAAAGGAUUCGGAGAUUUUGCGUCUAACACGUGAAGUUGUCGAACUGCGUCUAUUCAAAGCGUCGUUGAGCUCACCCGAAGAGCGUUCAGCUUCUAGCGAUGCUGUGACUGUACGCGAAGCUGAACUAAAGACAUCGCAAGACGUAUCGCCGAUCGUUGAUAUGGUCGAUGAUGCGACCAAAUCCAGUCCACGUCAUAUACCCAAUCAACAUCUACACCAUCACAGCCAGCAUUUGCAUCACACUCAACCGCUGACGUCGGAAAUGCAAAGUUCCUUUGCCGAUUCGGGACAUUUCGAAGAUUUGUCGGUGCAUUCGAAGGAUUCUUAUGCUGCACACACACAGGACAUUGCGUGCGGUAGUGACGAGGUGAUUGGCGCAACGGAGGAUAAAUGUCAUGAUGAGUCCUGCGCUGCUGCUGGUGCUGAGAGUGAGGAAGACUACACAGCGACCAUCAAAAAUUACGAAUUGCAGCGUCAGGAGCUGAUACGCAUGUAUGAGCAGAAAAUUGAAGAGUUAAUACGCACGCAGGAUGGCGCCAGCAGUGAGAUGAAACGUUCACACAAUGACAAAGUGGAGGCAUUGUUGCAGAAGCUAGCUGAGUGUAAUACACGUUAUGCCGACAUUGUGCCCGACUAUGAGCACGCCAAGGAACGUAUACGCGAGUUGGAGCGGCAAUUGGAGGAUUUGCAGCGUAAAUUAGCCGAACAUGAGGAUAAACAGAACAAAAUGUACUUGCAUAUGUACCAGAAGGGACAAGAGGCAGAGCGUAUUUCGCGCGCUGAUCAGGCUCUCGAAUUAGCACAUCGUGCACCAGACAACAAGGUCUCCAUAAACGAAUUGUUGCAUCAGUUGCAGAGUACACAAGAUGAAUUGGAAAAUAUACGCGCAGCUGGUUGUAGAAAAGAAAGCGGCAGUAAUCAUGCUCUCCUUACUGCAAAAGAAGCAAUUUCGUUAUGGGUACUUGGCGCCCGGAAGACAAUUUAUCGACGCCUGCUGGAGGCGCAAAAGAAUCGCACCCAUGUCGAUCCGGAGGUGACGCUGCAAUUCCUCAAGAGCGCCAUCUAUUACUUCUUAACGGACAAGGAGAACUCGCAGGGCCACUUGCAGGCCAUCGAGAGCAUACUGGAGUUCACCGAGGCGGAAAAGUCGAAUAUCAAUAAAGCGCGCACGGCCAAGUAGAGAGUUCAGACCAAAUAGUGAGCAAAGUGCUAAAUACUGCAUAGUUACAUAUUCAAAAAAAAAGCUAAAAAGCUGCGUAGCUAUUUAGCCAACCAAAUUGAGCUUUGAACGCUUGUUUGUGUAAUAUUUUUAAUGCAAUAUACAUACAUAUAUAUAUAUAUUUUAAAAUGCAAAUAUUUUAGGACAAAUAAAUUAAUUAAAAUUAUAAAAAAUUAUAUAUAUGUAAUACGUACUAACAUGCAAGUAUAGUAGGCGACUAUAGAGUGCACGUACACAGCGCGUACAGUGGGCGGUAAUGAGAAAAUAAGACAAAAAAAGCUAUUUCAAAAUGCGAAUAUCAAUAACUUUCAUUUUAUUUUAAUGUUUUUAAAAUAAAUUUCGUAAAGUUUCUUUAGUUACACACAUAUUAAUUUAUUAUUAUACGUUACGUAUUACCAUAUGGGGUUGAUAUUAACACACGUUAUGUACAAUGUAUGUAAAUGUUGAUAAUUUUAUUGAAAUAAAAUCGCAAAUCUCAGUUUCAUUUAUUUUAUGUUAAAUGAAAAUAUUGAAAUGAUA